AUGAACAUCAGUACCUGGAAUGUGAGGGGAUUGAAUGAUCCCAUUAAAGUAGUUGAAAUAAAGAAGUUUUUAGCUAGUAAUAACAUUAGUGUUGUAGCUUUGUUAGAAACUAAAGUUCAGGAGAAGAAUAGUAGUAAAAUUCAGAAGAAAAUAGGGGUUGGGUGGCAGUGGAUUAUGAAUUAUGAGCAUUCUCCUAGGGGAAGGAUUUGGAUUGGAUGGAAGCAUGCCUUGGUUUCAGUUCAGAUUCUUCAUAAAACUGAAUUUUGUAAUGUUGCUACAAAGAAUGGCUUGUUUAGUACUACCUUUUCAGUUGUGUAUGGUUUACACUCUGUUGAUACUAGAAGACCUAUGUGGAGAGAGAUUACUAACUUCAGUAGUACUGUUAAUUGUCCUUGGCUAGUCAUGGGGGAUUUCAAUGCAGUUUUAUUAGCUGCUGAUAGGGUAAAUGGCAAUGCAGUUACUGAAGGAGAAACUAAAGACUUUGAUAGCUGUAUGGAUGCUGCAGGGUUGGCUGAGCUUAAAAGUUGUGGGAGUUACUACUCUUGGAGCAAUAAGGGACAAGGUAAUUUGAGAAUUUGUUCCAGAAUAGAUAGAGCUAUUGCUAAUGCAUUGUGGCAUUCUAAGUUUGUUGAUGCUGUGGUGGAUUGCUUGCCUCCAGGAAUAUCUGAUCACUCCCCUCUAGUUAUGUCUUGUAAUAUUCACCUGGGAGGAGGGAGUAGACCCUUUAAAUUUUUUAACUAUAUGGCAGAUCAUGCUCUUUUUCUUGAUGUGGUUAAAAAGGGAUGGGAUGUGUCCUGUCCAAGGAGUGGUUCCAUGUUCAAGGUAUGGGCUAAGCUUAAAGCAGUAAAGCAAGGAUUGAAGGAGCUUCAUCACAAAGAUUUUGCUAAGCUUGAUGAGAGAAUUGAGGGGUUAAGGGCUGAUUUGGGUCAAAUUCAGACUCAGUUAGCAGCUUGCCCUACUGAUAGUAAUGUGCAACAAAGUGAGAGGGAGUGUAGUGAGACUCUUAAGAAGUUUUUGCAUAUUCAGGAGAGUGCAUAUAGACAGAAAGCAAGAAUUCAGUGGCUGCAAGUAGGACAUUCUAGUUCUAAAUUCUUUUUCAGUGCAAUGAAGGAGAUGAUAGCUAGGAAUAGCAUUGAUAUCUUGUAUGAUGAUUCUGGAAAGAAGCUAAGCACUACUCAGGAAAUUCAGGAGGAAGUUAGCUCCUUCUAUAAGCAGUUGAUUGGUACUGCAGCUAGCUCCUUGAUGGGUGUGGAUGUUGGGGUGGUUAGGAAAGGGAAACAGCUUUCUGCUGCUGAUGCAGAAAUGUUGGUGGUUCCUAUCUCAGAUGCAGAAAUUGAUGCAGCUAUCAAAGGUAUUGAUAUUAAUAAAGCUCCUGGGCUUGAUGGUUUCAAUAGUUUGUUCUUUCUUAAGGCUUGGGAGAUUGUGAAAGCAGAUGUUUAUGAAGCAGUGAGAGAGUUUUUCAGAACUGGAGUGAUGUUAAAGCAAGUGAACAACACUUCAGUUACUCUUGUGCCUAAGAUACAGAAUGCUUCAUUUGUAAGUUGUUCUCAAUCUGGUUUCAUCCCUGGUAGAUCUAUUUCUGAUAAUAUUUUGCUGGCUUGUGAGUUGGUGAAGUGCUAUUCAAGGAAACAUGUUUCUCCUAGGUGUAUGAUUAAGGUGGAUCUGAAAAAAGCUUAUGAUUCUUUGGAGUGGCCUUUCUUGAAAACCAUGCUGUCAGAGCUAGGAUUCCCUGUGAAGUUUGUGAAUUGGGUGAUGCAGUGUCUUUAUUCUGUUUCUUAUUCUAUUCUGAUAAAUGGUUGUCCCACAAAACCAAUUCCUGCAAAGAAAGGGUUGAGACAAGGUGAUCCCAUUUCACCUUACUUGUUUGCUUUGGGUAUGGAAUAUCUGUCAAGGUGUCUUGCUGCACUUGCUGAUAAUGUUGACUUCUCUUAUCACCCUAGAUGCAAAAAUUUGGAUCUCACCCAUAUGAUGGUUGCUGAUGAUUUAUUGAUGUUCUCCAGAGCUGAUGAGAGUGCUGUGAAAGCUCUUUUUGAUGCUUUUACCAAGUUUUCCUUGGCUUCUGGACUGGAGGCUAAUUUGCAUAAAAGUGAAGUUUACUUGGCUGGUGUUUCUGAUCAUGUUGCUUCCAAUAUUGUUAGCUCAAUUGGGGUUCCUCAGGGGUCUUUUCCAUUCAGAUACUUGGGUGUUCCUCUCACAACUAGGAAGCUUUCUUUUACAGACUGCAAGCCUCUCAUUGAUAGAACUGUUGCUAGAAUCAAGAGCUGGACUUCUAAAUUUCUAUCCUAUGUAGGUAGGUUGCAGCUGGUGAAAUCUGUUCUCUUUGGUAUCCAACUUUACUGGUGUCAGAUUUUUGUUAUGCCUAAAAAGGUGAUGAAAGAAAUUCAGAGAAUUUGUAGAUGUUUCUUGUGGUCUGGUGCUGAUGCAGAUUCAAGGAAAGCUUCAAUCUCUUGGGAGCAAUUGUGUUUUCCUAAGAGUUGUGGAGGGUGGAAUCUUAAAGACCUAACUGUGUGGAAUAAAGCAGCAGUUUUGAAGCACUGUUGGGCUUUAGCUUUGAAGCAGGAUAGGCUAUGGGUGAGGUGGAUUCAUGCUUAUUACAUUCAGCAUAGAGACUUUUGGACUAUGCCAAUUCCUAAUGGCUUAACUUGGUCUUUGAGGAAAAUUUGGCAUAAUAGAGAAGUGUUUCUGCAGGCCAAUGGAGUUGAUUAG